AUAUCUGAGAGCAGUGUGUCCCAGUUAGGGUCAAGGGGUAACUUUAUCAAAGAUUUAUAAGAUCAACUCAUAAUGCCAUUUAUUUAGUCGUCUCUUGGCAGUCUUUCGAAAACGUUACAAUUUGAUAAGAAUGGCUGCCAAAGUAAUUCCUCAUUCACAAGCUCCUUCGCUUCUGGAUCCUUCGGAACAACUUCGCCCUGAGCCAAUUUACGCUGGAAAAUUAAAAAGUCAAUUCAGAAAUUACGAUGAAGAUGCUGAUGAUCCAAUUAAAGAACGUGUUCGAAUAACAUAUUUACAUAUGCAUACACAUCAAACUGUUGAUUUUGUUCGUUCUCGAAUGGCAGAAUGGCUUAAAUUUACCAAAUUCAAAAUGACCAUGAAAGAUGCUCUUAUUAAAUUAAAUGAUCUAGUUGAUGAAAGUGAUCCUGAUGUUGACUUACCGAAUAUUGUUCAUGCCUUUCAAACUGCAGAAGGUAUUAGAGAAGCACAUCCAGAUUUAGAUUGGUUUCAUCUUACAGGAUUGAUCCAUGAUGUUGGCAAGGUAAUGGCUUUUUAUGGAGAACCACAAUGGGCUGUGGUAGGUGAUACUUUUCCAGUUGGAUGUGCUUGGGGUAAUUCGAUUGUUUAUAGAGAAAAAAGUUUUGACGAUAAUCCAGAUGGAAAGGACAGUCGCUAUAACACAAAAUACGGAAUUUAUAAGCCAAAAUGUGGACUUGACAAGUUAUUGAUGUCAUGGGGACACGAUGAAUAUUUGUACCAAGUAAUGAAACACAAUAAAUGUAAACUUCCCGAUGAAGGUUUAGCCAUGAUUCGUUAUCAUUCAUUUUAUCCAUGGCACGCAGGAGGUGAUUAUAUGCACUUCUGCACAGAUUCUGAUUUGAAAAAACUUAAAUGGAUUUUAGAAUUCAACAAAUACGAUUUGUAUACAAAGAAUGAAAAUUUACCUGACAUUGAAAAGUUAUGGCCUUAUUAUGAAAGUCUUAUUAAUAAAUACAUGCCUGGUGUAUUGGAAUGGUGAAAUUUUACCAUACUGAAAACUAUUUUCAUUUUAAUUUUCUUUAAAAAAAAAAUUAAUAAAAAUAAAAUAACAGUUAACAAAGAUAAACAAAAUAAAUACCUAACAAGAAAAAUAAACAAAAAUUGUAAAUUUUAAAAAAAUUACAAGAUAGUAAAAAUAAAAAGUUAAAUUUAUGAA